GAGAGGGAGAGGAGAGGCUGGUGCUGGUGCCAAGGGAAAAGUUUCCUACCGCUCGCUGCCCUCCCUCCGCCUUAGCCAGGGGAAAAACCAACAAACACACACACAUUCGGGGAGGAUAAAUCCCAGCGAGUGGUGGGGAGGGCGGGAGGCAGGAAGGGAAGGGACGCCAGCAAGGAGCCUGCAUCUUACCAACAAACUGACUACCUCUCCCUCCCUCACGCACCAGGGAGAGGCCCCUGGGAGCCCGGCUACGGGGCGGUUAUUCCUCUCAUCCCUGACCUCCUGGAGGCUGCAGCAGCUGAGCAGGACCUGAGGAGACUCCACAGGAGCCGUCUAGCAGCCACAGGGGAGGCAGCAGUAGAGGGAGUCAGCUUCUGGAUCUCAGCUGGACCAGCUCCUGCAUGAUGCUGUUCCUCACGGUGCCGACCUUGGCAGCCCUGUGCUUCCUGCAGCUGCCCCUCAGCAGCGCCCAGGGCUGUCUGAGUAAGCGCCAGGUGCUGAGCACCAUUCGGCAGAUGCAGAAGCUGCUAUCUACCCAGGAGGCUGCCCAGCUGCAGGGGAUGAGAAACCUCAAGAAGCAACUCACUGUCCUGCAGAGCAGUGUUCACAAACAGGCCACCAAACGCAAUGACAGCUGCCCUCACCUGGCAGUGCCCAUGAAUGGCAGGAAGCUGGGCAGGAAAUCCCUGGUGGGGCACGAGGUGCACUUCCUGUGCGAUGCUGGCUUUCACCUGGUGGGCUCGGAGACGCGCACCUGCCUGGACAACCGGACAUGGAGUGGGCAGCAGCCCUUCUGCAAAAGUAUCAAUGACUGUGCUAGCAACCCCUGUGCCAAUGGCGGGACCUGUGUAGAUGGCAUUGAGCGCUACACCUGCCUCUGCCCCAGCGGCUGGUCAGGCAGCAACUGCCAGAGCCCAGUGUAUUCCUACUGGGUGACGCUCAGCAACUCCUCCUUCAGUCGGCAGCCCCGCUGUGCUGACAACCUGCUGGGCUCCCGCCAGUGCAGCUGUGACACAGGCUUCCAGAUGAAGGCCAGUGGCAUGUGCCAAGAUGUUGAUGAGUGCCAGUUGUUCCAGUCCAGCUGGCAGACCCGUAUCUGUGUUCAUGACUGUGUCAACCUGCCGGGCUCCUACCGCUGCAUCUGCCCCCAGGGCUACCUGCUCAACACAGACUUGAAUACCUGCAAUGAUGUGGAUGAAUGCACCAACAGCCAGCACAACUGCAGCCGCGGUGAGAUCUGUGUGAAUGUCUUUGGAGGGUUCCGAUGCGUGCGCCCUGAGUGCCCCAAGCCUCGGCACAACACCAGCUACGUCAAGACCUCUGCCUUCCUGCCCAGCUUGUAAAACCUGGAACAGGUGUAGAAGUGCUCCUGAUGGCUCUCUACAGUGCCUCCUGUUGGGAAAAGCCAGGUGCUCCCAGCCAUCUCUUCUACCCUGGACUGCCUGCAAGUGGCAGACGUAAGCAUUAUUGGUGUUGGUACAGCUGGCUUACCUCUUAAACACGGCAGACCCCCUACAUUUAUCACCUCUGGGGACAAAGUAAAGAAUCCCAGCCACUCUCUGCACAAAUCCCGCACGCAGAGGGCAGCCAGAUACCUUCAGUCACAGCAACUUGUAGCAAAGCACAGAGCAAUGUAAAGUCUCUCAGGGUGCAGCAGAAAGGGCCUGGGGCAGCAGCAGCCAGCCAGCCCAAAGUCCACAUGGUUCUAUGCCACUUAUGUUGCCUUCAAUCCCAUGGUCCUGCACCAGGAUCCCUCAAUACCUUGCUGUAACACUGAAAUAGCUCUUAAGCAGGGGAAAGCAUCCCCUGCUGAAUUGCCCCCAGUAUGGCAGCAACCCUCAUGUCCUGCUGCAGUAUUGGUUCAACACCACCUUUAGGGAAAGAGUGUCCUCAAGAGGGCAAAGACAGACAAGGUUCUUUGGCUAAAUCUGAUAUCUUUUAUUAGACCAACGCAAAUAGCUGGAAAAAUUCUUCUUAGCAAGCCUUUGGGUAUAAAUACCCUUCGUCAGGCUGAGGAAGCAUCUGCAGUUGGUAUAUAUGCUCUUCCAGAAUAGAGUGAAUAGUAAAGAAACCAGAGGCUGGUAUGCAUGCAAGGAAGUCAGUCAGUGAAGAUGUAAACUGAGGAGUCAGUGGGUGAGAGACAGGCCUGGGGGUGGGGGGAGGAGGAGAGGGAAAGGGGGAUCAAUGCAGCCAGUAAAUAGUUGAGAGGUACCUAGGGAAUCAGAUGUUAGGCAGGUUAUGAUGUGCUAUAAAUCCAAUGCCAGCUUGUAUCAGAAUAAGUCCAACCAGUGCAGGGAGAAGCCUAAGGGUCCUGUGGUCAUACCUUCCACUGAUGCUACUAGAGGCGGGCCCUGCCCAGCCAGUCAUCCACAGCUCUGCUUUCCUUUGCAAAUAAACCCUCUGCUUCCA